AUGAAGGACAUCAUAAAGACCCUGAUCCACAAUCCCGAACACUUUUCACCAGACGAUGCCACAGUCGCCAUCAAUGCCAUCAUGCAAGGCUCAGCAACUCACAGCCAAGUCUCAGCAUUCCUGAUCGCCCUUCGCCUACAACAAAAGGAUCAGGACCCAUCCAUCGUAGCAGCUUGUGCACAAGCCAUGCAAAGCCAUGCUCGUCUUAUUCCAUACAACCAUUACGAACACCUUGAAGGCAACGUUGUGGAUAUUGUUGGCACCGGUGGUGAUGGACACGACACAUACAACGUAUCAACGACCGCAUCCAUUGUUGCUGCAGGUGCAGGUGCCAAGGUAGCCAAGCAUGGUAAUCGAGCAGCAUCAUCUAGAUCGGGAUCAGCGGAUCUUAUGGAAGCACACGGAUGUCAUAUCAGCAAAGUGGAGCCACAUCAAGUUCCUGAUAUACUCGACAAGACCAACUUUUGUUUCCUCUUUUCACAAACCUAUCAUCCAGCCAUGAAACAGGUCGCUGCUUUGCGAAAGGAGAUUGGUGUCCCCACUGUAUUCAAUUUACUGGGUCCCAUGAGCAACCCUGCCAAACCAUCCCGUGUCGUUGUUGGCGUUCAUUCUCCUCAAGUGGGUGCCUUGAUGGCAAACGCAUUGAAAUUGACGGGUAUCAAGGAGCUUUUGGUAGUAUGCGGUGCAGAAAAGUUGGAUGAGAUCAGCCCUGCUGGAGAAACACAUUACUGGCGAGUACACAACGGCGGUGAUGUUGUUACAGGCGUUCUUCAUCCUACUCAUGAUUUCGGUCUUCAAACACAUCCCUUAUCUGAAGUGAAGGGUGGAGAUGGUGCACACAAUGCAACGAUCCUACAAAGUCUUUUGAACGACGAAUUGCCCGAAAAUGAUCCUAUUCUUGACUUUGUGUUACUCAAUGCCUCAGCGUUGCUUGUUGUCAGUGGAAUUGCAUCGGAUUUCAAGGAUGGUGUUGCAAAGGCACGUGAAAGUAUCAAAGGUGGUGGUGCAAAGCGAGUGCUUGAAGCCUUCAGGACCAUGACACAUUGA